GUGAGUCUAGACUUGUGGAUGUGAUUCAUUAUGGAAACCUGGCUUACAUCACCAUUUAUAGAUUGCUUAUUAUUUACUUUUGGUUUUAUAACUUGUGUGUAGAGUGAGAGGAGAACUGUUGAGCUCAGUUGGACAUCAGUGCUGGAAAUGAGAGUUGUACUUGAAGUCCUGUGGUGUAAUACUUGUGUGAUUGGAUUCUUCUGUAUGUAAAUCUUGAUACUUGCACGUUAUGUAGAUGCCUCUGAACUUUUUUUCUUCUUAAGUUAUUUUGAACAUAUAAUAAAUAACUUUGAACACUCAGGGUUUGUUUUACAUUUUAUUUAUUAAAUGAUAGCAAAUAAGGAUGAUUCGUGACCAUGGCUAUCCCAUAGUUGGCAGAACUUGAUAGUGAGAAGUAAUUAGUCCUGUGUAUAUACACUUGUAAUCACAGUACAGGUGCAGAUGUUUUCUUUCUGUGAGCAGUUGAGUCUGUGAAUCACCUCCUGUGGAUAUGGGUGUCCCAGUGACAGGGAGCCAGCUGUUGGGUGUUGUAAAUAAACAGCUUGCUCCUAGUUGGCUGCACUAGAGAAGAGGGCAGAAAUAGAGCACUCGGGGUGAAGAUUUUCUCAAUGCCUAUAAUGACCUGGCUUAAAUUUGUUGAGAUUUUCUGCUGUGGCUUUUUCCUGUAGAUGCCAGAGUUUAUCUGUUUCAGAUUUUCACAAAUGAUUCAUCUUCCUGUUAUAUUUUCUUAGACUACGGUGACUAAAGCAUCUUCGAGUCACUUUUAGGUAUUUUCUCCUACCACGAUGUAUUGGAGAAGAGAACAGUGAUAUUCAAGCUCAGUCCUGUUUCCAUCUCAUGCUGAUUGAUUCCUGUGAGAAAAUCUGGAAAAGUUGUAAACAAAGCAUCAUUUCUCUAAGAAAAUUUUGGAUAGCAGAAAUUCUGGAUAACAGGGCGGACCAAUUUAGUCACCAUGAGUUGGAGCUUCCUCACCCGCCUGCUAGAGGAGAUCCACAACCACUCCACGUUUGUAGGGAAGAUCUGGCUCACGGUCCUGAUCGUCUUCCGGAUCGUCCUUACAGCCGUGGGAGGGGAGUCCAUCUAUUACGACGAGCAGAGCAAGUUUGUGUGCAACACGGAGCAGCCCGGCUGCGAGAACGUCUGCUAUGACGCCUUUGCACCCCUCUCUCACGUGCGCUUCUGGGUGUUCCAGAUCAUCCUGGUGGCCACCCCCUCCGUCAUGUACCUGGGCUAUGCCAUUCAUAAGAUUGCCAAGAUGGAGCACGGUGACCCAGACAAGAAGGCCGCUCGCAGCAAGCCCUACGCAAUGCGCUGGAAACAGCACCGGGCUCUGGAAGAAACAGAAGAGGACCAUGAAGAGGAUCCCAUGAUGUAUCCAGAAAUGGAAUUAGAAAGUGAGAAAGAAAAUAAAGAUCAGAACCAAUCGAAACCUAAGCAUGAUGGCCGGCGGCGGAUUCGGGAGGACGGGCUCAUGAAGAUCUAUGUGCUGCAGCUGCUGGCACGGACAGUGUUCGAGGUGGGUUUCCUGGUUGGGCAGUAUUUCCUGUAUGGCUUCCAAGUCCACCCAUUUUAUGUGUGCAGCAGACUCCCUUGCCCUCAUAAGAUAGACUGCUUUAUUUCUAGACCCACUGAAAAGACCAUCUUUCUUCUGAUAAUGUAUGGUGUUACAGGCCUUUGCCUAUUGCUUAACAUUUGGGAGAUGCUUCAUUUAGGAUUUGGGACAAUUCGAGACUCACUAAACAGUAAAAGGAGGGAAUUGGAAGAUCCGGGUGCUUAUAAUUAUCCUUUCACUUGGAAUACGCCAUCUGCUCCCCCUGGCUAUAACAUUGCCGUCAAACCAGAUCAAAUCCAGUACACCGAACUGUCCAACGCUAAGAUUGCCUACAAGCAAAACAAGGCCAACAUCGCCCAGGAGCAGCAGUACGGCAGCCAUGAGGACAACCUCCCACCCGACCUGGAGACUCUGCAGAGGGAAAUCAGAAUGGCUCAGGAACGCCUGGAUCUGGCCAUCCAGGCCUACAGUCACCAGAACAACCCCCAUGGUUCCCGGGAAAAAAAAGCCAAAGUGGGGUCCAAAGCUGGGUCCAAUAAAAGCAGUGCUAGUAGCAAAUCGGGGGAUGGGAAGACCUCCGUCUGGAUUUAAUCCUGGCUGGGCUUAAAGUUGUGCUUUCAUGGUUCACGGUGAGCAGCGGCUGACUGAGUAAUGACUUCCGCUGAGUAAACAGGUGGCUCUGCUUAUCUUCAGGGAUGCUGUUGGCUCAUGAUCCAAGCUCAGGGGACUCUGACGGUGGGGCUGGGACAAGGGGAAGAGAACGGGAAACACAGCGUUCCUGGACACGAGCUCCAGCAAUAAUACAGUUGCAGAACUUUACAUUUGUGUCUUCCAGAUCUGGAAAAGAACAGAUAUAUUUAAAUCAUUCUUGUUGAACAGUUUUUGUAUGUACAGUAUUAUGGUACUUUUUUUUUUUUAGUAUGAGAACUUUUUUUUGUAUUUGUACAUUGGACCACUGUAGUUAUACUUUUAUAUUAAAGGGGAAAAAAAUCCUUAAGGUAAUGCCUAUUAGGCUAGUGUUAUUACUUUGUUCAGCAAACUCUACCUGGGGUUUAAAGUUUUAAUAGAUGCUACACACCUAAUAAAAAGUGCCUCUCGUGUUACAGGGACGAUUUCAGAUAUGUGAGGAGCCGAACGGGGAUGAGUCAGUUCUCAGCCUUGGCAAGGAAGUCCAUGGUAGAAGGAGAUGGAGAUCUCACUCUGACUUGAGAAAUCUUUGAAUCUUAUUCAUAUGCCCAGAGUUGUAUCUAGUCUUUGAAAAGCUAUUUUUGUUUUCAAGUGAUUCACUGCAGGAGUCCUUUAAAUACCAAGCCUUGCUUUGAUGGUGUGUAUAUAACGUCAGUUGUUUCAAAAGUCUGAUGCACAAAGGUGUCCUCAGCCAGUGGCAGUGUGGAGACCAUGGCUAGAACUCUCCUGAGAUUCCUCUAUCACCAAGCAAAGCCAUGCCUAGAAAAUAAGCCCUGAUGUUUAGUUGUGGGCCUGUUUGAUUUGCCUUAAAUCUGAAUCAAAAAAUAUGCCUCUCUCUGGUUUCUUAAGAUGCUGGUGAUGUUUUUCUUUAUAUGUUAACAGUAAAAAUACGAAAAUUCCCUUCUAGGCUAAAAAUUAAUCAAAGCCACUUAUACUGCAUGUGGUAGAAGGCCUAAAUUCAACUUCCUUACUUCUUAUCGUUUACCAUGGAAUUUUUAUAAUUGACCUACUUCUGCCAAAGUAGGUUUCUGCCUGGAAGACCAGUUCAGACCUGGGAUUCUAUCUGUAAAUAGUCUGAAGGAGAAUUUCAGUAUUUAUUCACUAUAGGCAUAUCUGUUUGUCAGUGACAAGCAUUCAUGAUCCCAUAAUUUUUGCCGUAAUAUUUAACUGCCAUUUUCAACCUUCUGUUGGAUAACUUUCUUCUCUCUGUCAUGUUCACAUCAUUUGUCUUACAGUUUAAGAGCUUCUGAGUAAGAGCUUGGUAAAGAUUUAAAGAAAGGAGUGUUUGCUUCACCAGGGAGCAUUUCAUUUGGGACAUCUCACUCUUCUCUAACAGAAAGUUAAUUGCAAGCCACCUGUAACUUUGAAAUUCCAAGAGUGUGGGUUUUGUUUUGUUUUUGCUCUUAAUUUUUAAAUGUCAGUUCUUUAUUAUUUAGGAGGGUCUUAGAACAGCAUCCUGUAUACAGUUCUUUUUUCUUUGUUCUCCAUUUCUCCCCCUUCCCUCAAAAAGAAACGCAGUUGAAAAUUUAAGCUUAUCUUCUAGCCAUGCAUUUACAUUUAUUUUGCUUUUUUUAAUCUGUAAAUUUUACCCAAGAGAAGCUCCUCAGGAUCUCUAAACACUUGAGCAAAAGGUCAACUCCAGUGAGACUGAAGGGAAAAUUUCAGAAAAUGACUUACAUGUGUAUGUAUCCUGGAUAAUUACCAGAUCUGCACAGUUAUCUUCAAACAAAGUGUUUAAUAAAGAAUUUCAAGUAAUUAUUCUAAAACAGGCAAGAUUUUCAAUAUCAGGCUGGCUAAGAUAAAGAACUACCAAUAAUUCUUAUGUCAGUAGAACUUCAUGCAUACUUCUGAAUUGAAGGACAGAAAAAAAUACACAUAGGUUCAUGUCCAUCUAUUCAGAGCCUGAGGGAGAACAGAGUGGCUUUGCCAUUGGGAGGGUUGAGAAUUCGAACAAUAGGGCAGGGACGGAGUCGAGCAGAAAUGCCGGGCAGACAUUUGGCGCCAGAAGCAUCCACUUGGUUUCAGGCAGGGCCUCCGGUGUUUCAUCUUGGCUUGUUCUGAUGAGAAUGUUAUCUUUUGUGGCUGGAUAAUUCUUCAACUUCCUCAAGUACAUAGAAAGAUAUUCUGGGUCACCUUCACAUGUGUUCAAAUCUAUUUUUAUUCUCUCACUAAAGUUCUAAUUAUGACAUAGAUUUCCCAAGUCUGACUGCUUCCUUAGUCCAUUUCUUUUAGCGUUUGAACAUACAAGUUUGCCGAAACCAUUCUCACCUAAUAACAUGUCAUGGACCUACAUUAAGAAAACAGCCCUUUCAGUAUCCGGCUUAACCCACUGAGUGAAUAAAAAUAUUGUUCCAGUUACUGUUCUGGAACUUGCAAGUGUUUGUAUAAACAACAUUUUUUUUUCUAUCAAAAUCACAUUCCUUUGAAUUGCUGCAUAAGACAUGCUAUGUCUUAUGACAUGUGCUUCUCUAAAUAGUAGCUGAGUACUUAGUCCUUCACAUACUAUAAUCAGGAUAUGGUCAACAACAUGUUUAUAGUCCUUAAUAUACCAUCGGAUUUAUUCAGAUGUGUGUCCUUUAUAAAGCAAACAGGCUUUUUUUUCUUAGUUCAAAUUUGAGGGAAGAAUUAGAUAGCAUUUUCCUCUAAAGAAAUGUUAAUGUUCAUUUUGUGGCUUCCUUUUGCUUUCUGCCUUAGUUUUGCUAGCUUCUAUAUUUGUUCAUUUAAAACCACAGGCGUGUUAUUUCAUUAGAAGUCGAUUUUUCUGGGGAUUUUCCUUGACUAACAUAUAUAGAAUUACUUUUGAUAAAGAUCAACUUUGUCAUCUAAAGUGGUUCUCACAGGUUAGAACUCCCACACACCUGUCUUUAAGAAGGACACCUAUGUCUUUAAAAAGAAAAUUGUCAUCAUUAGGUACCUUAACUGUCAUUUCUUUGUGGUAUGAAUCGAAGCAAUUCCCUUUAUUUUUCCAAGUUCCAGUAGCCACCUACCUCUCAGAAGUGUUAUGGAGUAGUUAGAGAAAGCCUCUGGUGAAAGGUAUUAAAAGACCAACUGUUGGUCAUUAUCUGAGCUUGGAGCUUCAAAAAAAAUCAUUGAAAGAACUAUGUGAUAUAAUAAGAUGUCCUUCGGUGCUCUUUAUCACAGGAAUCAGUUGUUGAAGACACUGAACUUGCUCUAGCAGCUUACUCCGAGAAUGGACUUAAACGUUAUUCCUAUUAGUCAUACCUACGGUUUACCCGUUAAGCUUAUAAAUGUCCAGGCUUUGUGCUUUCCAUCUCAUUUAUGGGACUGUACACGUCUAAAAAUAAUACCUAUAGUUAAGGAUAAAUUUUUGGCCAGCCAGUGUUUCAUAAAAGGCAAAUAUGUUCUACUUGAACCUACUUCAAGAAAUGCCUUUUUAUAAAGGAAAAGUCUUUCCUGACUGUGAAGUAAAGUACCUGAAGUCAGAGAUACACAGUUGCUGGUCAUUUUGCUUGGAAGUUUCCAGAUAUUGAUUUUAUCUUCAUAAAAUCAUGUAAUUUCAUGAAGAGUCUUACCACCUGAAGAUAAUAAAGCCCCUGCACUUAUACAGUGCUGAGUUUGGAAAUAAAAUUUCAACUCACCUAUGUAUCAUAAAUCUGUAAUAAUUCACAGUCAACAUCAAAUGUUAGAAUCAUUAGGUUGACUUGCAUACUUGUCACUCAUUCUGGCCAUCUAUCAUGGAGAGUUUAAAAGAUUUUAUUUGUUGUCUCUAAUGCAGUUGUGUUGUUUUCGUUGUUUUUAAUAAUGGUGUUGAGUUUGGUUCAUGCACAUUUCAUGUUAAAGAAUCAUACUUUUAAAAGAAGCAAUCUGUGUAUUCCAAAAUGCAGGAGUCCAAACAAAAGAAAGCCCUACCCCUGUACGAAGUCUCUACAGAAAUGAAAGAAGUAAGAGAUCUGCAUUUCAGGCUUGGCUUGUUGAACCAGCAGAGACUUUGGCUAUAAUAUGCUUCCAAGACCGGAAGUGUUUUUCUUCAUUAUACUCUCUCAAUUGUGUUCUCUUCAAGAAAUCUCUUACAGAAGUCUCUACCUCAGGCACUGUUAGAUAUGAUAAGCAUAUUGAUACUGAAAAACUUAGCUAGGACUUCAGACUUUUAAAGGUAAUUUAAAUGUAAAAUUCAACUGUUAACUAGCAAUUUAACGUCAUGUAAUGUGCAGUUUGGAUAUUGUAUGAACAACGAAGGAGUUACCCAUUCUAGUGCCAAAGAUUACUGGCUGCUAAUUUCAUUCUGUACAGUUAAUGUAAAACUUUACACAGUGGGGACAGACUCCUCUCAGGGCCUUGUCUCUAGGACGAUUUUUGUCGGUUCCGAAUGUUUCUGUCAUUUCCAAAUACAGUUUAGAAGAUUCA